AUGGAGCGUUUCAGAAACUUGCUGGGAGGCGGUGGAAUGGGCUUGGGCGGCGCUGCUCACGGAUCGGACAAUACGAACCUGAUCGACAACUCCGAGACCGUUUACAUCUCAUCAUUGGCACUUCUCAAGAUGCUGCGACACGGUCGGGCUGGUGUGCCGAUGGAAGUCAUGGGCCUGAUGCUAGGCGAGUUUGUCGACGAUUUCACAGUCAAGGUUAUGGACGUUUUCGCCAUGCCCCAGUCUGGAACUGGCGUUAGUGUCGAGGCUGUCGAUCCCGUAUUCCAAACAAAGAUGAUGGACAUGUUGCGCCAAACAGGACGCCCCGAGUCCGUCGUCGGAUGGUACCACUCGCAUCCUGGUUUUGGCUGCUGGCUGUCUUCUGUUGAUAUAAACACCCAGCAAUCCUUCGAGCAGCUGAACCCGCGCGCCGUGGCCGUUGUCGUUGACCCCAUCCAGUCGGUCAAGGGCAAGGUCGUCAUCGAUGCUUUCCGCCUGAUCAACCCCCAACUUCUUAUGAUGGGGCAGGAGCCGCGCCAAAGUACGAGCAACUUGGGCCACCUCAACAAGCCAUCGAUCCAGGCGCUCAUUCACGGUCUCAACCGACACUACUACUCGAUCGGCAUAAACUACCGCAAGACCGCGCUGGAGGAGAACAUGCUGAUGAACCUGCACAAGCACGUUUGGACAGAUGCUCUCGAGAUGAACGACUUCAAGGUUGAAGGGGAGAAGAACAAGGACCGCCUUGAGCGCCUAGUGUCUCUGGCCGAUGGCUACGAGAAGCGCGUCAAGGAAGAGACAGAGUUGACGAAAGAGCAGCUCAAGACCCGCUAUGUCGGCAAAGUCGACCCAAAGAAGCACCUGGAAGAUGUCGGUCAAGAGCUCAUCGAGGACAAUAUUGUUUCAGUAUCGAGACAAAUGAUUGACAAGGAGGCCACAAUGCCCAAGAAAGAGGGCGAGGCUGGUGGCCGUCGCACCGCUCUUUGGCUAUUUGAACAGGGCAUGUCGAUUGAAACAGUCACUAUCGAGCUCGGUAGUAUCGACGAACGUCUAGCUUUCAUGGAUUUGCUUCCCGCUGCUGCUCACGCAACCGCCUCUGCAAUGGCCUCCUUUCCUCCGUCUAGCAGUAGGUAUCGGGCGGGCGGCAACGCACCACUGGAGCUGAUGCCGCCGCUGCAACCCCUCGCGGGCACGCGUUUGGGUACCUUGGCAUGCGACAUGCUUCCGGGGGUCAUAUGCAGCGAACGUCUCGUCGAUUGGCCUGGGGCAGAUCGGGAGAGGUAG